GGUACUUAAUUUUCACUCGUGCUUUAUCAGGUAAUAAUUAUUUUACGAGAUAUUGGUUCAACUUUCCUCUUUGAAAGAUCUUGAUUGGUAUAACAAGUACGUGGUUUAAUAUGAGUGUCAGACAUAUAGACAACCCAUAUGAAGACUUCUUGGCAGAAAAACAUAAAUCAUUGAUAAGUGGCGACGGUGUGGAUAUCAGCGAUGAUUUUAGAAAUAAAUUGAGCAUUGGCACAAAAGUAUUGUUACAAAGAUUAGAAGACCACAAGAGACAUUGGUACAGUCAAGAUGAUUCCUCACUUUACACAGGAUCGCCGGGAGUUGCUUACACCUUUUAUCAGUAUGGAAAGUAUUUUGAUGACGAAAACUAUACAUCCAGAGCCUUGGACCUCAUUAGAAAAAUCGUUGGUAGUUUGAGAGGUAAGAGACACGUAACAUUUUUAACUGGAAAUGCUGGACCACUUGCUUUGGGAGCUGUGUUUUAUCAUUUACAUGGAGAUAAAGAAGAGUCCAAGAAUUUGAUUUCAAAAUUAAUAUCAAUGUCAUCGUACGUUGUUGAUGACAGCAGUGGUAUUCCUGAUGAGUUACUGUAUGGUCGAGUUGGUUUCCUUUAUUCCAUUCUUUUUGUUAACAAACAUGUAUCUCCUGCUCCCAUAAAGGAUGAUCUUUUUAAACAGGUAAUCGCAUGUGUGUUGAGUUCUGGAAAAAGUUACGCAAAGUCACGAGGUAUAAAAUCUCCAUUGAUGUAUAUGUGGCAUGACUCUGAAUAUCUAGGUGGUGCUCAUGGCCUGGCUGGAAUACUGUACCUGUUAUUACAAGCUCGUCAAUAUUUAACAGAAGAGCAGCUGAAAAAUGAAGUUGAACCAUCUCUUCAGUGGUUGGAAAAAUUGAAGUAUCCAUCUGGAAAUUUCCCUUCUUCUGUUGGAAGUACGACUGAUAAAUUAGUUCACUGGUGUCACGGGGCUCCGUCCAUGACAAUGUUGUUUUGUCUAGCUUAUGAAGUUUUCAAAAAAGAUCAGUACUUAAAUACAGCUUUACAAUGUGGUGAAGUUGUGUGGCAGAGGGGACUUCUUAAGAAAGGUUGUGGGAUUUGCCAUGGGGUUGCUGGAAACGCUUACACGUUCCUAUGCUUGUUCCAACAAACAAAAGAUCCUAAAUAUCUGUAUAGAGCUUGUAGAUUCGCAGAAUGGUGCUUGGAUUAUGAUGCUCACCAGAAGAAACCUGCUGAUAGGCCAUUUUCAUUAUUUGAAGGCUUAGCAGGAACAAUUUACUUCCUUGUGGAUAUGCAAAAGCCAAAUGAAGCUAAAUUUCCCGGCUACACUUUGUAAAGAAAUAAAGACGAGAGAUGUAUUUAUUUACUUAAUCACCAUGUUUAAAACUCUGUGAUGAUGUAUUUUUAUUUUCAUGCCAUUUUUAAAAAAAAGGACGA